GUGGACCACUCCAAUACCUCCAAUGCUACGUCAUUUAAUCUUCUCCCGUCUCGGUAGAUCUUCGGCAAAAAGUUAAGCUGCGGCCCGAACUUGGAGAGGGAUUGGAAACGAGGCCGGGUCGUGACAGACAAUGUGAAAUGUGGAGUGUGGAGUGUGGAGCGCAUUGGAGUCAACGACUCGGCACGAGGUCCAUCCCCGGCUUUGAGGCACAACACAGACCAUAGACAGUCCGUGCGGACUGUGCAGACUGUGCAGACAGCACUGUACAACCCUGGCGACUGACAGAUGAUGCAGGUUGGACAAGUUCGACCUCCACAGUUUUUCUCCGCACUCUCAAUCUCGGGUCAUCGCCUAGUCUCGUGCAACGGUUGUAGAAGAGGUAUAUAAGAUGGGCCAAAGUCCCCCUCAACCCAUUGCAAUUCGAUCCAUCCCACUCCAAACCUCAACAAUAACGCCUGAUCUGGAUUCAAGGGCCAUAUCCCCCGUUCCCCGCGAUGAAGGUCCCUACCGUCUACGCCUUACUCCUGUCGGGAGCACUGCUGAUUCCGGCGGUGGAUGCCAGCACUUGCGAGGUUCCCCCCAUCGAUCAUCCUGGCAAGCCCUUCAGCUACGUACAACCCCUCAACACCACCAUCCUGACCCCCUAUGGCUCGUCGCCCGCGGUAUACCCUUCGCCCAAUAUCACCGGUAUCGGCGGCUGGGACAAGGCUCUAGCCAAGGCUAAGAGCUGGGUCUCCCAACUCACUCUGGAAGAAAAGACUUGGAUGGCCACCGGCCAACCAGGCCCCUGCGUUGGCAACGUGCUGCCGAUCCCACGUCUCAACUUCACCGGCCUCUGCCUCCAGAACGGCCCGCAGUGCCUACAACAAGGCGACUACUCCAGUGUCUUCGUCAGCGGCGUCUCCGCAGCGGCCAGCUGGGACCGGGAGCUGCUCUACACACGGGGCUACGCGAUCGCACAGGAGCACAAAGCCAAGGGCACUCACGUGGUACUGGGCCCGAUCGGCGGGCCGCUUGGCCGCAGCGCCUACAACGGCCGCACCUGGGAAGGCUUCGCCGCCGACCCGUACCUGACCGGAGUGUGUAUGGAGGAGACAAUUUUGGGCAUUCAAGACGCUGGGGUGCAGGCGAACGCCAAGCACUGGAUCGCGUACGAGCAGGAGACUCAGCGGAACCCCACGUACGCGCCGGACGCCAACGCCACCACCUACAUCCAGGACUCGGUCUCGUCCAACUUGGACGACCGCACUAUGCACGAGAUUUAUAUGUGGCCGUUCGCCAACGCACUGCGCGCCCGAGUCGCCAGCGUCAUGUGCUCCUACAACCGCAUCAACGGGUCGCACGCCUGCCAGAAUUCGUACGCGCUGAACCAUCUGCUCAAAACCGAGCUGGGCUUCCAGGGCUACGUCAUGUCCGACUGGGGCGCCACCCACAGUGGCGUCGCCUCCAUUGAGAGCGGCAUGGACAUGACCAUGCCCGGUGGCUUCACCGUCUACGGCGAGCUGUGGACCGAGGGCUCGUACUUCGGCCAGAACCUCACCGAUGCAGUGCGCAACGGCUCCGUCGCGACGACUCGCUUGGAUGACAUGAUCGUGCGCAUCAUGACGCCCUACUUCUGGCUGGGCCAGGACCAGGCGUACCCAAGCGUCGACGCCUCGGUCGGUUCCCUCAACGUCGAUUCGCCCCCGGACACCUGGCUGUACGACUGGCAGUUCACAGGCGAGAGCAACCGGGACGUGCGUGGUAACCACAGCCAGCUGAUUCGUGCGCACGGAGCGGCGUCGACAGUGCUGCUGAAGAAUGAGCGCAAUGCCUUGCCGCUGCGUAAGCCGCGCAACAUCGUCAUUGUCGGCAACGACGCCGGCCCUGUCACCCAGGGUGCCUCCAACCAGAAGAACUACGAGUACGGAACGCUGGCCAAUGCGGGAGGGUCAGGCACCUGCCGGUUCAGCUUUCUGUCGACCCCACUAGACGCCAUCACCGCGCGGGCCCGCCAGGACGGCGCGCUCGUGCAGACGUGGCUGAACAACACGCUCAUCGCGAGCUCGGGCCUCGCAUCGCUGUGGAACCCACAGCAGCCGGAUGUGUGUCUCGUUUUUCUGAAGAGCUGGGCGGAAGAGAACGAGGACCGCACCUCGCUGGAGCUGGACUGGGACAGCAACGCAGUGGUGGAGGCCGUGGCCAAGGACUGCAACAACACGGUGGUGGUGACACACUCGGCGGGCAUCAACGUGUUGCCAUUCGCCGACCACCCCAACGUGACCGCCAUCUUGGCCGCGCACUACCCCGGCGAAGAGUCGGGCAACUCGCUAGUGGACCUGCUGUACGGCGAUGUCAACCCGUCGGCCAAGCUGCCGUACGUGAUCGCUUACAAUGCCUCGGACUACAACGGGCCCGUCACCUCCGCCGUGCAGACGAACGGCACCUACGACUGGCAGAGCUGGUUCGACGAGGAGCUGGAGGUUGGAUAUCGCUACUUCGACGCGCACAACAUCCCCGUGCGCUACGAGUUCGGAUUCGGCCUCAGCUACACCACCUUCGACCUGAGCGCGCUGCACGCCGCCUCCCCGGCCGCCGGCAAUCUGACGGCCUUGCCCAAUCCGCAGCCCGUCCAGCCCGGUGGUAACCCUGCGCUCUGGGAGACGGUGUAUACCCUGACGGCUAAGGUGAGCAACACCGGCGGCGUAGACGGCUAUGCCAUCCCCCAGCUGUACGUGGGUUUCCCCGACUCGGCGCCCGCGGGGACGCCCCCGAGUCAGCUGCGUGGGUUCGACAAGAUCUGGGUGCCGGCCGGUCAGACCAAGACAGUCAAGUUCGACCUCGCGCGGCGCGAUGUCAGCUACUGGGAUGUCGUGGCGCAGGAUUGGCGCAUCCCCGCCGGUCGGUUCACCUUCAAGGCCGGGUUCAGUAGCCGGGACUUCCACGCCAACGCGACUGCUACGCUAAUCAAGGCGUAGCUUCACCAAUGUAUAUAGUAGAAUGAUGAAUUGAGGAGCCGUAGACCGUCAUGAGACAUGAACCGACUUGAAUGUACAGACAGUGUAUG